CCGGGCUCGCGGUGCAGGCGGCGGCUCGGCGGCCCGAGGCUGCGCUGAGCUCGAGCUUUGUGUCCGGCGUCAGCCACUGGAGGAACAGAUCAGGAUGAAUACAGAGCCUGAGAGGAAGUUUGGUGUGGUGGUGGUUGGCGUUGGCAGAGCUGGCUCUGUGCGGAUGAGAGACUUGCGGAAUCCACAUGCUUCCUCGGCGUUCCUGAACCUGAUUGGCUUUGUGUCCAGACGAGAACUCACAAGAAUUGAUGAAGUUCAGCAGAUUUCUUUGGAAGAUGCUCUUUCUAACCAAGAGGUUGAGGUUGCUUAUAUCUGUAGUGAAAGCUCCAGCCAUGAGAACUACAUCAGGCAGUUCCUUAAUGCUGGCAAGCAUGUCCUUGUGGAAUACCCUAUGACAUUGUCUCGGGCGGCAGCUCAGGACCUGUGGGAGCUGGCUGAGCAGAAAGGGAAAGUCUUACAUGAAGAGCACGUUGAACUCUUAAUGGAAGAGUUUGCAUUCCUGAAAAAAGAAGUUGUAGGAAAAGACCUGCUGAAAGGGUCUCUUCUCUUCACAGCUGGCCCUUUGGAAGAAGAGCGGUUUGGCUUUCCUGCAUUCAGUGGUAUCUCUCGUCUGACCUGGCUGGUGUCCCUUUUUGGGGAGCUUUCUGUUGUGUCUGCCACUUUGGAAGAGCAAAAGGAGAAUCAGUAUAUGAAAAUGACUGUGUGUUUGGAGACAGAGAACAAACGUCCAUUGACAUGGAUUGAAGAGAAGGGGCCUGGUCUAAAACGAAACAGACAUUUAAGCUUCCAUUUCAAAUCUGGAUCUCUGGAGAAUAUGCCAAAAGUAGGAGUCAAUAAGAAUAUUUUCCUGAAAGAUCAAGAUAUAUUUGUCCAGAAACUCUUGGGCAAGUUCUCUGAAAAGGAGCUGGUUGCUGAAAAGAAACGCAUCCUGCACUGCCUGGGGCUUGCAGAAGAAAUCCAGAGAAACUGCUCAAAGAAGUAAGAGAAGGAAUCAGCAUAGCACUUCCAAGAAGAGAUCAUAGUUUGACUUAUCAUAAGUUAACCUUUGUCUCUGUUCUCAUAAUUAAACCUCUUGGGUUAACA